UCAUCCCACCUCCCCCGGUGCAGGUGCACCACGGGCGGACCGGGCGGACCGAGGCACACUGAUCCCUUUGAGUGGUCCGUGCAGUUUGGCGAGCUGUCUGCCUCACCGUCUAUCUGGAAUCUGGAGGCCUACUACAACCGGUACCAGGUGGAGGAGAUCAUUUUGAACCCCAUGUAUCUGGGGGCUUCAUCCUCUGACAUCGCCCUGCUGAAGCUGUCCUCCUCCGUCACCUACAAUAAGUACAUCCACCCCGUCUGUGUUGCGGCCUCUUCCUCGGAGUUCCAGAACCAGACUGACUGCUGGGUGACGGGCUGGGGGCACAUCGGAGAAGAUCAAGUGCUGCCAGCCCCCUACCUCCUCCAGGAAGUACAGGUCGGCAUCAUCAACACCACCAUGUGUAACUACCUGUACACACAGCCCCUGGUCCGCUACGACAUCUGGGGGGACAUGGUGUGCGCUGGCGAUUCCCAAGGAGGCAAGGAUUCCUGCUUCGUGAGUGUCCCUCUCCACCCCA